AUGCUGAUAGGAGAUGAAACAAAGAUAAUUGAUAUAAAUGAAUGGCGGAUAUCGGCAAUUGAAAGCUGCAAAUAUUUGGUAACCACUUUACAAACAAACGGCACAAUAGAGAAUGAGAUAAAGAGUAAAAUUAAUCAAGGGUGGUUAAAGUGCGGAUCUUUAUCUGGAGUGCUCUUUGACAAAAGAAUCCUACACAAAUUGAAGGGUAAAAUUUACAGUUCCAUAGUAAAACCAACUAUUACAUAUAGUUCUAAUACAUGGCCAACCAAAGUAUCAGACGAGAGAAGUCUACAAAUUAUGGAGAUGAGAAUACUGAGAAUGAUUGCUGGGGUAACAAGAAAGGAUAAGGUGCGAAAUACAAGAAUAAUUGGAAGUUUAAAGGGUGCCCAUUAA